GAGCGAGCAUGGAAUGAGAAUGAACGAACAUUCACUACGCUGACCUGAGAGAAAUGAAGAAAGUCGUUGCGGUGGUUGUGGUGGUGGUGUUGGCUCUGUUUCUCGGUGCUUCAUCGGAGCAACUGAGUUCAAGAGAAUGCGAGAAUCUCGGUUUCACCGGACUCGCUUUGUGUUCUGAUUGCAAUACUUUAUCCGAAUAUGUCAAAGACAAAGAAUUGGUAUCAGAUUGUUUGAAGUGUUGCACGGAAGACUCCAAUGAUGCCACUACCAAGAUUACAUACUCUGGAGCAUUAUUGGAAGUUUGCAUGCGGAAACUUGUUUUCUAUCCUGAAGUUGUUGGCUUUAUUGAAGAUGAAAAAGACCAGUUUCCAUCAGUUAAAGUUCAAUAUGUUUUUAAUUCUCCACCAAAGUUAAUUAUGCUGGAUAAUGCGGGUCAACAUAAGGAAACAAUCAGAAUUGAUAAUUGGAAACGUGAGCAUAUACUGCAGUAUCUCAGAGAGAAGGUUGAGAAGGUGAAACCUUCGGCAGCUGUUUGAGAAGUUUAUAUUCGAUCUCCCCAUGCUUUGCCCUCUUGUUCUUGUGAAGCUCAAAAAAAGUGAAAGGAGUAUAUACUGUAACUUAGACAAACCAAUUAUACUCGCCGUGAUCACUGCUCACUAGUUACAGAAUAACGUAAAGUAAUGAUAGUUUGAUCAAUUUCAGAUUAUUCUGAUUUUUUGUGAUGAAUGAUUCCAUAAGGAAGUUUACUUUUCCCAGUUAUUAUGGCAACUGUAGAAAAUUGUAUCGACUGAAUCCAUAUGUUGUUUCUUGUGUCAAGCUUGCUUCAAUAUUUAUCAGGAAUAGUGUGUAUCUGAUGUAAUUUUUAUAUAAUCUUCAAGGAAAGUUACAAACCAAUGUUUUUAGCA